GCAUGGCAGGCCCAGCUGUACGUGAGGGCAGGCAGUGCCUGGGGCUGGGCUGGAGCCACUGGGACAGGAGUCAGUUCCUUGUGCAGGCAGCAAUGCCUGGGUGAAGCAUGGGAGUGCCUCUCCCAAAUCCAGAACCUUUAGCCCCUUUGCAGAGUGAGCCUGGCAGUCCACUCUGCUGGAGCUGCAGUGGUUGAGUCCCAGCUAAUGACACCAUGUCACCAGAGCAUCCUCCUGGUUGCUGUGGGAACCACAUGCCAUGCUUCCUGCCCCCCAGGGGCUACUUACUGCCAACAAGUGCCAGCAGGGAGGGCAUUGGGAAGGACUGGGUGAGGUGGGGAACUCCCUCAACUCUGGCUUGGUUGGGUUGGACUGGAUGAGCUUAGAGGUCUUUUCCAACCUAAAUGAUUCUGGGAUUCCAUGAUUCCUGCACAACGCCCAGCACAUCUGCAUCCCAUGGGCCUGGCCUCUGGAAGCUCAGCACCUUGCAGUGCUUGCCCUAUGCCCUGGCCUGGUCCACCGCCCUUUCAGGGACUCCCAGGAUGGGCCCAGGUGCCCUGCUGAGGCCUGGAUGCAGCAGCUGGUGCCUUGCAUCCAGCUGGGAAAGGAGCCUGCCAUCCUCCUCCUGGCCCCAGAAGCUCAUUACUAAUGCUCCCGCCUCCACCCCGAUCCCUGUGGACAGAGCGAGUGCAGGAGGCUCUAAUGGCUCUGAGCGGCUCUUGGUGGAGGCUGCGAUGGAGGCGGGAGCAGGAGGGGCUGUGGUUUCUGCCUCCACGGGAGCCAGAACUGCCUCUGCCCAGGGUUAGCCGUGAAGAUGCUGGAUGGGCACCUGCUCCAGCUGCUCCUUAUCACAGCUCUGUUCCCCAGCAUCCUUGGGACAGUCUCAGUGCAGAACCUGCACCUCUGCGAGGGCUACCUGGGCCCUGAUGGCCGCUCCCACCCUGGCUUCUACUGCCCGCGGCUGACAGACCCCCCCGGCCACCGCUACUGUUGCCAGCCCAGCCCAGGCGCUCUCAAGUCCUGCUGCUCUCAACUGGCCCUGGAAGCCCUCACUGGAGUGAACCUCUCCAGCCUGGCAAGCCCUGGUCUACUCCGGAACCCGCUGGCUCUGCCUUUCGUGGGGCUCUAUGGGCUCCUUGUCCUCCUGCUUAUGGCCAUCGACCUCUGCCACUUCUACUGGUCCCGACGGUGCCACCUCCGCCACCUGCUGCCCUGUGCCUGUCGUGUGCCCCGUGGAGCCUCGAGGGGUCACCUGGCCGGCACCCGGCCUUCCCACGGUGCCGCCAGACUGAUACGGCCCAGCCGGGGCUGCUGAGGGGCGGCCACGGGCUGGGCAGGGGGUGC